AUGCGCAACGUUAGGUCGGAUGCCCAACCAGCGAACAGCACAGGCCUCGGCGGCAGGGGUGGCGACAGCAGCCCCGAGUCCUUUCCGCCCGGGCAUCAAAGCCGCCUGGCCGUGCCUCGCAACUGGAGGGCAAGCAUGAGCAGGAGGAGGAGCGAGGGGGCAGCCGGUAGCGGCAGCGGCAUCAACAGUGGCAUCACCCGCGGCGGCAGCGGGAGAAAAGAGCAACAACAGUCGUCGUCGCAUCUGGAGAAGGACGGGGAGUGGUUCGGCGAUGCUCGCGGGGUGGCCGACUCGGCAUCUGAGAAGGUUCUGGCUGCUGCGGUGCAGGACCAAGAGCAAGACUCCCCGGCGAUGAGCCUCCUCUGCUCCAUCACCAAGGCCUCGGCAAACGCGGUGCCGGAGUUGUGUUCGCCCUCGUCCUUGACGGGGGACGCGGCGGGCCCCCGACAAUCGCGGCUCCGGCAGAGGGGGGGGCCGUCGCGCCCGCGGUUCUCCUCCGUCGGUAGCGCCGGUAGCGGCGGCGGGGCCGUCGGCGGGGGCAGAGGCGUUGUCGCGCCACCCCCCGGAGAUUAUUACCGCCUUCCGUGGUACCGGCGACCGCUGCCGUCGAACCGGAGAGUGGGCGUGGCCGGCGGCGGGGAGGCGACCCACCUGAAGCGGGCGGUGGCGGACAGGGCGGGGGCAGUGGCACAGCAGGCGGCGUCGAAGGCGACGUCGCCGGUGGUUUCUGGAAACGCACAGGCAGAAGUUCACGCCACACCUACGGCAAACUCUAUGGCCGCGGACCGCGACGAGAGCACCCGGGAGGAGGGGGGAUUUGCAGACCGGAGCAGAAGCGGGGGUACUGCUGUGGCGGCGGGAACGGAACAGCCCCGCGGAACCUCUCCCGAGAAGGAGCACGCUGCUGAGUCCGAGGAGCUGGAAAAGCUGAGGGCGGAGGUUGCUCGGCUCAAGCGAGAGAUGGCGUCCAUGGCGGCGGCGGCGGCGACGACGGGAAUCACGACCCCGAAGCAGCAGAAAUCCGGUGGCAGCAGGCGCCGCCCCUCGCAGAGAAUAGAGACAUCGUCGCCCGUCGCUUCUUUUUCUUCUUCUCAUGCCCAAGAGAAGCACCCGGCCUGGCAGUGGGACGCGACCGCAGCCGAAGGCGGGGAAUCCUCGGACGCCGACGGGGCUAGCCGCCCGAUGCCAAAUCGCCUUCGCGCGGAUAACUCCUGGAUGCAGCAGCGUCGACGAAGCAGCAGCAGCAGCAGCGGCACCAUGGAGAGGCGCAGCAGCGGCGGCAGGACGGAAAGGCGCUACCACCGAGAUAGCAUCGGCGUCGGUUUCAGCGGCACGUCGAGGCCCGGGAGCGUGCUCCCGGCCCCGCGCAAAGACAGCAGCAACGGCGGUGAGCGGAGCAGAGGGUCUUCCGAAGAUAUCGGCGACGAAGUUGGCCUGUUGAGCCCGCCGGUAAACAGUGCCAAGAUCGAGGGCCCGUCCCCCGCUUCGCGAGAGAAGGAGAAGACCGCCGUCGUCUUGGAGGGCAGACGCCGGGACAGCGGCGCCGAUUCGAUUAACGGGGCGAGCGUCGCCGGCGCCGGCGCAGGCGCCGGAGGCGAUGGUGCCGACGGCGGCGCUCGUGGUAGCGAGAGCGCAGGCAGCGACGCUUCGGUGCGCCGCGGCGGUGCGCGCGGUAACGAGAGCGCCGGCAGCGACGCUUCGAUGCGCCAGAUGUCGGUCUUUUUUCCGGUUAUUGCUCCGCCGGACCCCAACGCGGACGCAGGCGGCACAGAAACCGCCGAGGGAGCGGCAGCACUAGCGUCCGCGGCGGCGACGCGGAUUGGAGAAUCGGUGACCCCGCCGGGGGCCUUGCGCGCGGCCCGGGCCGCCAGGGAUGCCGUGUCGGCGAAGAAGCAGCUGCAACAGCAGCAGCAGCUGGCGGCGAGGCACGCGCCCGUGGUGUACGCCAAGAUUCCCGUCGAGACCGUUCGUCGGCGUGGCGGCGUCGACGGCAACGGGAGGGUCUGGCGCUGGGUGCUGGCGCAGAGGACGGAGGACCAGACGGUGCGGCAGGCCGUGAUGAGCCAUGGCCUCCCGCGGUUCGGGAGGCGGCACAUCUGGGCGGCUUGGGCGGCGGUCGCCACGCCUGAGACCUACAAGAAACCAAAGCAGUCGUCCGACCCCGCGAAGGAGGGCUCUAUCGUCAACACCAUCGCGCACGAUGUCGCUCGGACCAAGAUAGUUCACCCGCUGUUCGGGAGCGGAGGGCAGGGGUUGGCCAUGCUCAAGCGGGUGCUAGUCCGCUGCGCGGAGCUCGGCGCCGUGAAGGAAGCCGGGUAUAUUCAAGGCAUGAACUACCUCGCGGGUUUCAUGUUGAUAACCUUCGCCGACUGCGUUUUGUCCGAGCGGGAGGACCUCAAGUCCCGCUCCAGCCGCAACAGAGGCACCAGCGGGGGCAGCAGCACCUGCAGCAGCAAUGCGCCGGCCGAUUCCGCCGCAGCCGGUGACGUCACCGAGCCGUCCGACGUGCAACCCGGGCCCGCGAACGAAGGGAGUGCGGCAGUGGAGACGGAGGGUAUGGGCGGGGGGGCGGAGAAGGAGGCGGCGGCCGUGAAAGAGCCAACGGUGGCCGAGGUUGCCCAGAUAGAGAACGAGUGCGUCCAGAUGUUGCAGGGGGUCAUCGCGCUCCAGGGGGGCGUGCUGUCUAGAGACCUGUGGGGCUUGCAUGCGAACACGGAGCUUGUGGAAGACCUGCUUUCGAGGCAGUGCCCGGACGUCAUGGAGCACUUGAGGAAGGUUAACCUCGAGCUAAUCGUUCUUACGCCCAGGUGGUUCAUCUGCAUCUACGCCGGGUCGAUGUCCAACCAGUCCGUGGUUACCCGCAUCUGGGACCUCUUUAUGUGGUACGGGCGCCGCGGGCCCGCGGUUCUGGUCUGGGUUGCGCUCGCGGUGCUGCACGGAUGCCGGAAGGGCAUGUUCGAGAGCCAUGGCCUGCCCGCAACUGUGAAGGCGGUGCGGCGGUACGCGGAGGGGUGCAAGACUUUCGACGAGUUGGUUCGCCAGGCUCCUGUUGGCCUGAAUGAGGUGGUGGCCGCUUGGGAGGAGCAGGGCAACAACCGGAAGAUCGCCUUGUUGGACGGAGAGGGGGCCCUUCCAGACAGGAUGGCGGCCGGCUUGGUCGAAGAAAUGACUGGCGAGCCGGUCUACCUGCCGCCGCCAGAAGUCCUCAGCCCGCCGCGGCACCGCCGCAGCCCGAGCGGCUUGGCCCCGGUGGCCGCAACGUCCACGGCCUUCGGCAUCCAGUUCCCCUCGACCCCGGGCCGACCCCCGACCCCGCUCACCUCCCCGCGGUCCCCCUUCCCCGAGUGGGCGGCCAACAUUUUCAGGAGCAGCACCGGUGGGCCGAACGAAGACGGAGGCGGCGUGCCUGCUAGUGUGGACGUCGGGAGUGUGAACGGGGGGCGCGGCGGGGGCGGGGGCGAUAACCUGCCCCCCACGUCGCCCAGGUUUUCGACACCCUCGAGGCAGAGGCAGCUGAGGCGCGCGGCUAGCACAUCGUGGUGGUAAAAACUGAAACGAUUGGGCUGUCUGCGUUUUUUGUCCAUCGAUGUUGUCGUCCCCCCGUCCUCGCCUUUACGUUUUCAUCUAAUAGUUAGUCGACCCGAGAUUCAAAUCUCGGAGUAUUGUGUUCAGCCGUAUAGAAGCAAUUGGCUGCUGACAAGCCCGAGUGCAUCAUUUGCAUCAUUGUUACAAUACUCCGUUGUCGUUUUGUAUACGUGGUAGGGAUUCGCCGGAACACAAAGCGUUGGAAAUGGUGUGGUGGCGGUCUGCAGCGCGGUGCGCAGCUGUGUGGGGUUGGCAGAGAGCCCUCUCUCCCCGUUGUUUGUUGACGAUUAUCUGUUGAUUACGAGGUUUGGUAAGUUUGUUUAUGAAGGCAGUUGCUGCGUGUUUUCCCUCGCGUGUGUUGUAUAGUCGCUGUUUUUGCCUGAGUUUGUUGGCCUGCUGCUGCAGAAAAAUGGGUACCGUGCGGGUGUUUUGUGUGACGUGGUAGUUGAAAUCCAAGCUGUUGAUGGAGGCCAGAGCUUAAUCGUGUCAGUUUUUUUCGGUCGCGAUGGGUUUCCGGUGUGUCGGGAAGAGGAGAGGGUGCGAGUUGUUGGUGUCCUGUACUUGACGGCUGUGUUGGCGGAAAGUGUUUGCCUCCAAUUCUUCUUCCUGGAGGGCGAGGGGGGGGGCAGUCGAGCCUUCUGGUGAGCAUGUUUUCCUCGUGUGUUAGCGACAUGAUGUGAUGAUCGGUGGGUCAAGGCUUUGGAGUCUUUUCACCGGGAGGUCAGUUGGCUUUUACCAGCAGAUCAGAUCGGGACAAAGGACGGCUACACCACAUAGCUGCGCGUGUGUGUGGGUGGUGGGUGUUUGGGUGAUGGAAGCUGUGUGUGUGAUAACCCAUUUCUCUAGACGUCAGUUUUACAUCUUUCUUGAUUGUUUAGACGCACCAGCCGCGGUGAUUCUCAGGAGAAGAGUCAGGCUCGCUUGUCCCCCCCCCCACUUUCUACACCUUCGACCCUGUGGUUGCAUUCAUUUCCAUCGCGAGAAAGGUUGAGCCGUCCCUUUUUCCCUCGUCGACCGUGAAGUCGAAUUUGUGCGCCCACGGCUUAUCCACCUUGCUUUUGUGGGGAAAUUAUGAGCGAAAUGCACUUGCUACAAGCUUCAUUCCUGGACCAUUUGUCCGUGUUGCCCAGAGAAGACAGUCCCUUGACCAAAUGACAUGGAGGGUUAAAUAGUUGCUCCCGAAUUGUCAAGGCUGGACGCAUUUUUUGUGGCAGGACGUAUGUAUACGCUCGUGGCGGGGGACUCUGAAAAAUGUGUACAGUCUAAUAUUUUAUUGGUGUCUUGUAGGGAUAGCUUGUAGCAAGAGGAGGGUGCUUGGACCGGGAGAACCACGUGUCGGUAUCGGCGUCGCAGGGUUCUUUUGGUAGUCGGUAGUCGGUGUGAUGGGGAGACAGAUUGUGGUGGCAGCCUUUGCGUGAAUACAUGCAUAUGUUAUUGUUGUCCCUUAAGGAAGUGACGGGUCA